AGGACCUCCAACACUUCGGAGUCAGCCGUGACCUGCUACAACCCGAACGUCUCAACAAAUUGAGCAUCUUCCAUCGUGUACGCAAUCAUGAGUCUCUCAUCAUUCCUACUAGGAGGGAAAGCUACGAGCAAGCAAAAAGCUAUCGAUACGGAACUGGAUGCCCUUUUUCAGACUCAAGUCCAAGAUGAUGGCAGUCCUGCAGCAUCCAAUGACAAAAAGCGUAAAUCAGAGGGAGACGGGCAGAAGCAUGGUUCGAAAAAGCACAAGUCCGCACCCAAAGAAUCUCAACAACCCGAUUCCCCUCCUCCAAAACGCGACAAGCAGCGGGAUAAAAAGGGAGAAAAGGUUGAGAAGAAAAAAUUAAAAGUUCAAGAAACGAAGGCAAUUUCAGCCGUGGAAAACAGCAUUGUCGAACUCCGAGGGGCUGAUCCUGUUGACAAUUCGGAUUCCGAGGGGGAGAGCGGUCCAUCUACGCUCGUCCACGAGUCGCUGCUCAGUAGCGGUGCAAAGUCCAAUCAACGCACGCCCGCGCGCAAGGAGAAAUACGCACCACCAGACGAAUCCGAGGAACAGCGUAACUUGCGGACGAUCUUCGUGGGCAAUCUCUCGUCCGAAGUUGCUCAGAAGCGGCCUUUGCAAAAACAGCUCCAUAGGCACAUUAUAUCGCUGGUUCCCACCGCAAAAAUCGAAUCUACACGAUUCCGCUCUGUCGCAUUCCAAAACCCCACCAGCAAACUUCCCGAUGAUGACGGGAAAGAAAAGAUCGUCCCGCGGCAGCACGAUCGAGAUCGAGCAUCGUCAUGGCGGAAAACUAAUCCCACAGCAGACGAACCAAAGAAAGACGAGAAGAAGUUUCUUACUCCAAGUCAGAAAAAAAAGGUUGCGUUCAUCAAUCAUGAACUUCAUCCCAGCGCCGAUUCGGUCAAUGCAUACGUUGUCUUCGCAUAUGCCCCUCCUGCGAAAGAGCGGCCUUCGAAUUUGCCUCCCCCUCCACCAGUCAUGGACCCACACGAAGCAGCACGUCUCGCUGUCGAGAAGUGCAAUGGGACCGUUUUCAUGGACCGCACGAUCCGUGUGGAUUCUUUAGGCAGGCCUGCGGACAGCAUUGGAAAGCAAGCCGCUCUCUUAGGCACUUUCGCGGGAGACCCUAAGUCAUCGGUUUUCAUAGGUAACCUUGACUUUGCGAGCAAAGAGGAAGAUCUACGCAUGUUCUUCGAAACUCUCAUCACUGCCGAACGUGGGUCUCCUAGUCACACUUCAGAUGCACCUGACCAUUGGGUCUCACGAGUGAGAAUCGUGCGGGAUAAGGAGACACAGCUCGGGAAGGGCUUCGCGUAUGUGCAAUUUACGGAUCGCGUUUGCGUGGACGAAGUUCUCGCAAUGGAAGAGUCCAAACUCAAGUUUGCAAAGCGCAAACUACGCGUUCAACGCUGCAAAAUGCUCCCUAAGGGCUCAGUGACUGACAAAGCCGCUGCUUCGAAGACUGCAAGUACCGGUAAUGCCGCAGGUGCGGCCUCACCCAUCAACGUACCAAAGGGUGAUCCUUCUCUCGGUGACAAACUGGCGACCCUCUCCAAAGAGGAGCGGAAACAGAUAAAGGCGGCGGACGCUGACCGGCUAGCGCGGAGAAUGGCAAAGAAGAAAGCGAGGAUGACGCUUGUAAAGCAGGGCGUGCCUGUACGUGGCAAGGAGAAGGAGAGGGAACGAGCGAGGAAGACGGGCACUACGAAGAAGGCCACUGUUGCGCCUCGGAAACAGGGCAGGGUCCGGAGCGAGAAGAGUAUGUCAAAACGAAAUAUGAAGAAAUGAGACAUCUUCCUUUUUCUUCAAGGCAAAACAUUGCCUUGAAGAGAAAGACUGACAUCGCUCGUUGUGGUAGUUUGAGUAUUUGUUUGAUUCUGGAUUGUUAAAUGAGCUUUCUCAUUUUGCGAUCUUUGGGGUUACGGAGCAAGCUGUUCCCUAAACCCAUAUUCAGAUCGAACACUUUGAUGGAUUUCUCCACGCAUUCUGGAUACCAUUACAAUUGCAUACACCCCAACUGAGCUGACGUAUUCGUCACACUCUUUGCACUCUCAGAGUGUACUGCGCAGAAUUACAGUGGUUGUUGACUUACCGCAAAUCACAGCGGCGCCGCUCAGACGUGCGACGAAGAUGGUGGGUCAGAAGG